AGUCCUGGUAUAGGUGUUUAAGGAAGCACAUCGACUUUUUUCCUCAUCCUCAGGGCACAGUCCUCUCAGGAAAGUCUAUUCUUUUUCUGAUACUUAUUUUGCUCCAGUUGCUUUGCUUCUAUUGGAAGCUCCUUAGCCCCUUUAGCUUUCCCCUAUGAGGGAGACUUGCAUCCAUGAAAGUCAUUUGGAUUUGGAUUUGCAGAAGUUACUGCUAUUGGGAAUGUUUGAAGUAACAUGUUUCUUGCUCUUCUUGAAACUCCUACUGGUCUUAUUUCCUGAAGAAAACAUCUGUAAGAGAUUGAAGGAAAGAAGAUGGAAGAAACUGCCUGAUGGACCCUGUGUUGCUGAGAAAACCUGGAGGCUACAAUCCUUAAAUAAAAGGAUAGAAAGGAAGAAGUUUAUUGACAAGUCGAUCAACAAAACCAGGGGAACAGAGCUAAGUUGCCAUCCACCAUCUUAUUCCCGCUGUUAUCCUGUGGUAGGAGGACAAUUACUAGGUGGAAGUAAAAAAGGUUGGCAAAGGAGAUAUUUAAAGGGAUCUUUGGACUUCCAGGUCUUGUUAAGAGGUCUAAGAGGUAUUAAAGCAUCAUAUCCCCAAGGUAAGCACUCUCAGAAAAGACUCCACCAAGUAACAUCACCGAGUCAUACCUGCCAGAUUGCACAUUUACCCUGCACUAAACACCCCAGGUUCAUGUCUACCCCAACACUCUGCCUCUGUCAUCAAGCUAGGUCAACAUCAUACCUUAAACAUUGGGCCAUGGCUCCACUGAAGUCCAAGCACCAGGUUAAGAUUCUACAAAGCCCCAAACAGUCCAAGGUCAUGCCUAAUCGAGAGCCUUCGUGGAGUUUAUUUUACCUGAAGCCAUGUAUAGUGGAUGGUAUGAUUAUCCCUAAUGAAAUUGUUAAGAACAUAGUCAGUUCCAUCCCCCAGAGCAGAAUCCACAGAGACAUCCGAAAACAGAUCCUCCUGAGGUGGAUGAGGGGGCGUCCUAAUCCUCAGCCCGGCCCACGUCUGUCAUCAACUUAUACAGUCUGCUUAGUUUGUGCCUCCUGGAUCCGAUAUGGCUGUUCUCACGUUAAGGGAAGAAAAGAUCCUAAUGGAGCAAAAUUACUGGCUAUACCCACACCUCUGCCUGGUUCUGAGGGGGAAAUGGGUGUGAGGUUAGUUCUCCAAGUUCCACAACCAAAACCAAGCUCCAUUCCUUGCCUUCCAAGUCCUAGUUAUGAAGAGCAGCACUCUCAGGCCCCUGAAGAAGAAUAUGACAUUUUGAUCACACCUGAGGGAGAGAGGAGUCAGGAGGCUCAGGAGAUUCAGGAGGCUCAGGAGACUCAGGAGGCUCAGGAGGCUCUUGUCCUCGCUGGGGCUACUACUACGUUCCAGGCUUCUACCUCUGCAAUACAAACGGUGACUCCUGCUAUUCAACCCCAGAGUAUCAACCACCAGUUCCAGGGUGUUAAAUGGCUGCUUUAUAUAAAAACAAUGACUGGACCUCUACCUCAGUAUCCACCUUCUUCACUUUCCUCUUCCUCAUCUUCCCCCUUCUCUCCAUCAUCUUCUUUCUCAGACUGUGUGUCCUUUGAAUCAUUUAUUUACCAGCGACUGCCUCCAGGAGUCUAUUGGCUUGACUUUAUCUACAGCAAAGAUUACCAAGCAAGAGAAAGAAGAAUCUCUGAAAGACACCAGCCCUCAGGAGGGAAAAUGCUUGCAAAUAACACCACCAAAAAACCACCUAGAGCAAAAGCACCAACAGGAUCUGGGACCUUUCUCAAAGCAGUCCUGGAAAAAUUUCAAAAUAACAUUUUCAAAUUAAAUUAACAUCUUUUCUCCUUAAAAAAAUAUUUGUACCCCCUCAUGAAUCUCUGAAAUGUGAUGGGGUUUACGACACAUUUCUUUUUUAUUCAUAUUCUAGCGCUUUCCUUUGGGGGGUUAGAAGUGACUGAGUUAUUAGUGACCUUCCUAAUAAUCAGGAAAAACAAUGUCCAUAUUCUCCCUUCCAUCCCCCCCACCCACCUUCUAGCUUCUAGUCAGACAAAUUCAAUUCGGAAUGAAUGAAACCAAAUACUACAUUCUUUGCCUCUUUUGUAAUAAUACAAAGAAUAUAUUAUUUCAUAUGUGAAUGUAUUUUUAAAUUUUCUUGCUUCAUGGGGCUUUAUAAAGAAUGCUUAUUGAAUCUGUAAGCUUACUGUUGAUUAUUAUCUCUAGUGUCAGUUCUGGACAAAUAAAGCCUAUACCCACA